GCGGCUGGAUCCAGGGCGGGGGUCGGCUGCCCGGCCAGCCCGGCCCGGCCCGGGGCUGCAUCCUGAGAGUGCGUCCUCACCGCUGCAGCCUCGGCGCCCAGCCGGCGGGCCAUGGAGGCCGAGCGCCCCCCAGCGCCGGGCCCGGGCUACAGGCGUCUCCCGACUCGCGCCGCCGGCCGGGACCCUAGCGCGCUGCAGGCCGAGGCGCCGUGGGCGCACGCCGAGGCCUCAGGCCCGUGUGCCGCGGCCGUGACGGUGCCCACGCCGCCGCAGGAACCUGCCGCUGGCGGUGGCCGUGCUGGUUCGGAGCUUGCGCUGCCGCGAGAGCCAGAGCCCCGGGCCGCGGACUUCGGGGCCCCAGGUACGUGGGCGGGGGCCUCGGCGGCGGGACUUCCGACUCCUUCCGUGCACAUCCCGGUGCCAACGCAGAGAGCCACCCCAGAAAAAGCCCGGCUGGAUGAGGUCAUGGCUGCUGCAGCCCUUACAAGCCUGUCCACCAGCCCCCUCCUCCUGGGGGCCCCAGUCACAGCCUUCAGCCCAGGUAGCCAGUGGGCAGCAACUUCUGCAGGGCAGCCUGAGCCCACCCAGGUCCUGCAGGGGGUGUGUCCCACAGAGCCUGGCUUGGAGCCCUGGAAGGAGGCCCUGGUGCAGCCCCCAGGCAGCUACAGCAGCAGCAACAGUGGAGAGUGGUGCUGGGAUCUGGCCAGUGACCAGUCCUCUCCAUCUACUCCGUCACCCCCGCUGCCCCCUGAGGCAGCCCACUUUCUCUUCGGGGAACCUACCCUGAGGAAGAGGAAGAGCUCUGCCCAGGUCAUGUUCCAGUGUCUAUGGAAGAGCUGCGGGAAGGUGCUGAGCACAGCGUCAGGGAUGCAGAGGCACAUCCGCCUGGUGCACCUGGGGAGGCAGGCAGAGCCAGAGCAGAGUGACGGUGAAGAAGACUUCUAUUACACGGAGCUGGACAUUGGUGUGGACACUCUAACUGACAGGCUAUCUAGCUUGACCCCAGUGUCUCCUACAGCCUCCAUGCCACCUGUCUUCCCCCGCUUGGAGCUGCCAGAGCUCCUGGAGCCCCCAGCCCUGCCCAGCCUGCUGCAGCCACUCACCUUGAGCCCACACCCCAUGUUGACCUCUGUGGACACCCCCCAGGCAUGCCACAGUCACCACGCCUGCCAAGUGGGCGAGGCCAUAGGGGGAAGCUGGGGACAGAUCUCAGGGCGCUCUGGAGCCCUGCAGCGCAAUGAGGUCAGAGCCUGCGUGCCAGCCCUUGCCACCAGGAUGGGCAUGAGCCUGAGGAAGCCCCGUGGUGACGCUAAGAAGUGCCGGAAGGUGUACGGCAUGGACCACCGGGACCUGUGGUGCACAGCCUGCCGCUGGAAGAAGGCCUGCCAGCGGUUCCUGGACUGAACCCCCUCUGUGCAGCCCCUCCGGGGCCAUCUAAAAGAGAAAAUAAGCUACCACCUUCUGCCUCCCACCACCACCCCUAGCCUGGGGCUGAAACUGCCCUGGGGGAGCCCCAAGCCUGGCCUCUCCCAGCCGCAAGGUCAAUCUUUUAAUGGGAGAAGAGUGAGUUGGUGACCCUGGACCCCCCAGAGGUGGAGGAGGGGUCCCACCAUUCAAAGUGCCUCUGAAGAAACCAGCUUUUUGCACUAAAGCCAAACCACAUCACUGUCCCUUUGACCCCAGGGGUCCUAGGGUCGGCCACCCUCCCUGCCUGUUGGUCCACAGACUUGUCAAGGAUGUUAAGGGCCCAGCUUUGAGGGCCAGUCCACAAUGCACUUUGAGAGGUGUCAGGAGGAGGACCCCCAGCUCGCACUUAGCUUGGUGAUUCAACCCUGGGGCUGAUGUUUUACCAUGUUUUGAAGCUCAGGUGUCUCAGGCCUGGACUGUACCAGGUGAGGAGAAUAAUUAAAGAUUUGAGGUUUUUCCAGAA